ACAGUGUACGUAACGACGACCGCAGUCCAAGGCCCCGCCCACCCUCCCUGACGGCAAAAUGGCGACAGAGAACUGUGAUGCUGUGAACAUGGACCCUGACAUCGAGCUGCUCAGUGACGAGGAGACGGAAAGAGACGCGGAGGCCUUCAAGGAGCAGGGCAAUGCUUUUUACGUGAAGAAGGACUACACAGAGGCAUUCAAUUACUACACCAAGGCCAUUGACAUGUGUCCAAAAAACGCGAGUUACUACGGAAACCGGGCGGCCACGCUAAUGAUGCUGUGCCGAUACAGGGAGGCUCUGGAGGACUCCCAGCAAGCAGUGCGACUAGACAACAGCUUUAUGAAAGGACAUCUGCGAGAGGGUAAGUGCCACCUCUCGCUUGGCAACGCUAUGGCUGCCAGCCGCUGUUUCCAGAGAGUUCUGGAGCUGGAGCCAGAUAACAGCCAGGCCCAGCAGGAGCUAAAGAAUGCAGAGUCCAUCCUUGAAUAUGAGAGAAUGGCAGAGAUUGGAUUUGAAAAGAGAGACUUCAGAAUGGUUGUCUUUUGCAUGGACCGUGCCUUGGAGUGUGCGUCGGCUUGUCAAAAGUUCAGGAUACUGAAGGCAGAGUGUUUAGCGCUGCUGGGACGCUACCCAGAGGCGCAGUCUGUCGCCAGUGACAUACUCCGAAUGGACUCCACCAACGCAGACGCUCUGUACGUGCGGGGUCUCUGUCUCUAUUAUGAGGACUGCAUUGAUAAGGCCGUUCAGUUCUUUGUCCAGGCCUUGCGUAUGGCUCCUGACCAUGACAAGGCUCGACUCGCAUGUAGAAAUGCCAAAGCAUUAAAAGCCAAAAAGGAAGAAGGGAACAAGGCGUUCAAGGAGGGAAACUUCGAGGCGGCGUAUGAUUUGUACUCUGAGGCCCUGACAAUAGACCCGAACAACAUCAAGACUAAUGCCAAGCUGUACUGUAAUAGAGCCACCGUUGGAUCUAAGCUGAAGAAACUAGAACAGGCCAUUGAAGACUGCACAAAGGCCAUUAAACUAGAUGAAACCUACAUCAAGGCCUAUUUACGGCGAGCACAGUGCUACAUGGACACAGAGCAGUAUGAAGAGGCUGUGAGGGACUAUGAGAAGGUCUACCAGACAGAAAAGACAAAAGAACACAAACAUCUCCUCAAAACAGCUCAGCUGGAGUUAAAGAAAAGCAAGCGGAAAGAUUACUACAAGAUACUCGGCGUGGACAAAAACGCCACGGAGGAGGACAUCAAAAAGGCGUACCGCAAACGGGCCCUUUUACAUCACCCAGACCGUCACAGCGGAGCUAGCACUGAGGUGCAGAAGGAAGAGGAGAAAAAGUUUAAGGAGGUGGGCGAGGCUUUCAGCGUGCUUUCAGACUCAAAGAAGAAGGCCCGCUACGACAGCGGGCAGGACCUCGAGGAUGACGGCAUGAACAUGGGAGACUUUGAUGCCAACAACAUUUUCAAGGCAUUCUUUGGAGGACCAGGGGGCUUUAGCUUUGAAGCAUCCGGACCAGGAAACUACUUCUUCCAGUUUGGUUAGUUGGAGCCGGUGUCUGCAUUAACAGCAACCACAUCAGGACUUUUCUACAAUGUCAACCCCUCUUACCCACCAUCUGUAUUUAAUGACGCUAUUGACUCAGUGAAGCAACCCAAUGACCACAUGCAGCGAUGCGAUGACUCCGAUUGAUUUAGCGCAACUGGUUUUUGAAUUUACUUAUUUUUGUUCGCCCCCCCUUUCAGAAUAAAACUAAAUUCAAAAAUCCACAAUGGCUACCUACAACGGUCCAAACAUUCAGUUGGCGCUUUGGAGGAGAAAAUGUGCAGCAAUAGUAGAUUCCGCACAGGAAGCGUCAUCCUAGGAAAACCGUUGAGAUGCACCGCUCCAUCCAGCAGGCUGUCAUUUUGACCCACUUUUCUUCCGAGGGAUUAUUCUCGGCAUGAAACUUGGUAACUUGAUCGAUGGUUUGUGAGAGGGGGGAGAAAGUCACAGAGAAAGAACCACCUCCCACCGGUUUAAAAAAUUCACGCUAAAACCUGCGUCCUUGUCAUAGGCUUUGGGGGGGGCACGCUAUCAUUUUGUAUUAAAGGCAGAAAACAGCUGGAGCUCCCGACCUACACAGACGGCCUGGCCAGAGCACACGAGAGAGAUGCCAGCAGAGACACCGCUCCGUAGCUGGCCACGCCACCCUCUCCCUUUUGCCAUCACAGGUUUUAUGUUUGGUGUUACCAUUCUGAGCUUGCUGCAUUGUACAUUUUACUGGAAUGUAAAGUGUUAAUUUGUGAUGUUGAAAGUUUUUUCAGGUUUUUUUUUUUUAUCUUAUUUUUAUUUUCACUUCUAUAUAUUUAUUGUAAGUUUUCUGCCAUGAAACCUUCGCUAUAAGAUGAAGACACUUCUAUUUCAAAAAAAAGAAAACAUGCUUUGAGCCUUUCCGCAGGAAGAUGUUUGAUUUGCUGGGUUUUGCAUGAAAUCUGCUAAAAAAAAAAAUGGCCUAUAUUACCGGAGUCCAAUCCAAGCCAUGUAGUUUUAAUUAAGAGGAAAGCAUGAAGAGGAGCAAUGCCAUUAAUUUGCAGAUGAUCAUAUGCUGGUUAAGAUGGCCAGACUGUGGAAAAAUAGAAACCUGGCAAAUUUUAGUUUCUUCCUGAUUAAAAAAAGAAAAGAAGUCUGUCCUCAUCUUUGCCCUCCGUUUUUGGCCCCUUGAAACCAUUCUUUCAUUACCUUUGAAAAGUACCAGCUGUGUCAAUAAAGUUGGCCUUCUUUGGGUUUCCCCGAA